CUUCAGAAUUGAUUUCGUGGAGUUCCAACUUUACCAAUUAAUGUACCCUAACGCGUUCAUCAGAGACGAGAACGCCGAUCCCAAUCCCACACAUACCCAGCCGGCUGAAGAAGCCAGGGUGAAACGGGAGCUGGGGAGGAUGGUCCAGAAGAUACCUCCCGAGUUGGUGCUCAAGUAUCCCCCUCCAGAGCAGUUAAUAAUUCCGCUGCUGGGAUACCAACUUGAAGGUCUCGCUUGGAUGUGUGAACAGGAGACCAAGGAGGACUGUAAGGGGGGUAUAUUGGCUGAUGAGAUGGGCAUGGGGAAGACCAUACAAACGGUCUCGUUGAUUACUAAGAAACUUGUGGGGAGGAAUAACCCCACUCUGAUCGUAUGCACCACUACCUCGAUGCUCCAGUGGGAGGCCGAGAUCAAUAGAUACCUACGGCCUGGCACUGUGAAAAUAUUCCUGUACCAUGGAAAAUCUAAGAUCACUGCUAAGUCCUUGAGAGGAUAUGAUAUCGUUCUGACGACUUACAGAACUCUGGAGGCCGAGUACAGAAAGGAGCUCGAUCAGCUGAAAAGGGCGUGUCCCUACUGCAAGCGCAAGAUACUCCCAGAACUGCUCUUCUCGCAUAAAGAGAAGUGCCCGAAGAGGCCUCGUACCACUUGGACCUAUGACGCCAGCGGCCGAGCCCAUCCCAGUGCACCAGUGUAUCAGCCGAGCGCACCAUCGUCAUCAUCAUCCACCUACCAUCAUCAGGAUGGGGCUCCUCCGACAGGCCAGUCAUUGCGGAAGAAUCUCUUCCAAGAAGAGAACCGUUCAGUUUUGGCCGGCGGAGGUUCGAGGGAGGUCAGAGCGCCUUCGUAUGGUUCUAAUGUCUCGGUUAAUUCUAAUCGGCAGCAAUAUCGUAAUCCGGGAUCCAUGGAGACGAUCAAGGACUUCUUCACUGGUCAAGCCGGCUCGAGAGUGCGGGAGGACCAUCUCGUCAAACAGGAGGAUGUCAAUGAUGACCAUAGAGCACGGAGGGAUCUAGUCGACAUGCUCAAGAGAUUACGGCCGAAAGCUGAGCAGGGCAGAGACUCCAUAGACAACUGCUAUAAGCCGACUUGGAGAACUACACCGUACUCAAGACCGUCCGUGGGUGGCUCUAGUGGUGCCGUGAGACCGAGUACAGGCCCUUCCACAGGACCGUUGCGCAUCAAUCCCUCUAUUUCUGCUAGUUUACAACGCACUAUUGGUGGGUAUAUUGCUUCGAGAGGUAUCGAUCAUGCAGGAGGUUUUAAGGAGGAACAGUGGAUGACAAGGGACAGUCUCGUGGAGCCCUCCUCGGCAGCGGCUGGCAGUAUCAGCUCGUCUUUAAACCAGCACCGAUAUCAUGUCCUUGGUCACGGCCGACCGAGUGGUGCGAGCAUUUCCGUGGAGGAAGAGGCAAAGCCUAUGGUGGUCCGAUUGAAGCCCAGCAGCCCUCUGAGGGAGUGCAGCAAUCUAGGUUAUAUCAAGGUGGAGAACGGAGCCUCGUGGGACUCCGAUCGACAUGAAUGGCGGUCGAGUGUUGGGCCUAUCACUCAGAAGGGUCUCGUCUUCAGUAAUGGUCUACCACGACCUGGUGUGACCGGGAGUUCAGCAGUGCUCGAUGGUCCGACUGUACCUGUCAGUAGGAAGAUGUAUAGUCCUCUCGUAAAGAGGGGAGGACUGCCCGGAAGGCGCCUGGAGGAGAGUCCUCUGCUGGGCUUGGGGAAGCGUAUCAAGGCUGAGGAAAUGGCAGGGAACAAAGAGAACGUCGAUGAUAAUGCGUGGAGUGUCACCGGACCGGUCCGAUCUUACCAGAAACCAUCACCGCAAUGCAGUCCUCUACCGAAACUCUCUACUGCCAACAUGAGCAGUAGCGAAGUGGGAUGGAAAGGGGCUACUAUGGGGAUGCCUCGAUCGUGUGGGCAAGAUAUGGGUGGGGCCCGUCGUAAGGCAGCGGAGAUUGUGAGGCGUGCGGUUAAACCCCGGAGGGUUCGCCUAGCGCAAGCAGCUGUCGAGGACAGUAGCGACGAGACAGGGACUGACAGGUCGGACUUGGAGAACCGAUUGCGCCGUGCAGGGCUAUUGCAUGGUUUGCGCUGGGAGAGAAUAGUCUUAGACGAGGCUCACAAGAUCAAGGCAGCCGGGUCCUCGACCGCUAAGGCCGCGUGUGCCUUGCGGUCGAGGUUCCGAUGGUGCCUGUCGGGAACUCCUCUCCAAAACAAAGUUGGAGACCUUUUUUCGCUGAUAAGAUUCCUCCGGGUUCUGCCGGAGGGCGCUAGGAUGUGCGACUGGGCGGGUUGUGACUGCGUGUUGCUGGACCACCCCAUAGAGAACUGCAAGGCCUGCGGGCAUCCCAGAAUUAGCCACUACAUUUACUUUACACGAUUCAUUGCCAAUCCCAUCAAGAGCCACGGCUUCGAUGCGUUUGAAGGAGCGGAGGGGUUGGAGCUGCUCAGGACGAGGGUUCUCAAGCGUCUCAUGCUGAGGCGCACGAAAGCGGAGAAGCAGAUGGAAGUCCGCCUACCAGAAUUAACGAGUGCACUGCAUACACUUUCGAUGAAACCAAAGGACCGUGAGGUCUACGACAAUCUUUUCGAACUCUACCAGGACAGAAUACGCGGCUAUCUGAGACGAAAUGAAAUCGGCGAGCAUAUGGUUGAGGUGCUCUCGCUUAUCAUGAAGCUCAGAUUGGCUGCAAACCACAAGUAUUUGGUGAAUUCUGGUGACGAUGAAGGAAUGAGGAAAUGCGACGUAUGUGACGACGAUAUCAUCACGGGGUAUGGGGAAGAUGAUCUGGUAUGGAUGGACUGCGGUCAUGAGUUCCACAGGGACUGUGUGGGUACAGCUAGUACGAAUAUCAGCUCAUUGUCGAGCGCUUGCGUGCAGUGUCCCGUUUGUGAGAGCAGCUCGGUUCUACACCAGUCCUGGGCUCAGACUGCUGCUACUACAUCAGCGAUGCCACGCUCAGAGGAAAUCAGAGCUUUACUGUCUCUUUCAAGCUUAUCCCGAAGGAAUAACGUCAUCAGUCAACUGCAAGAGAUGCAUGGCCCUGGUAUACCAUCAUCGUCUAAGAUCGAUGCCCUCAUCACCAGAGUCUUGGAGAUGCGUAGACAGGAUCCCAAUGCUAAAGGGCUGGUAUUCUCCUGCUUUGUCAAGUUGCUGGAGCUCUCACAAUACCACCUCAAAGCCAGAGGGAUUAGCACUUUCAUCAUCCACGGAUCGAUACCCCUCGCCGUUCGCACCAGGAUCAUCCGGGCUUUCAUCGAGUCGCCAGCGUCGGACUGCAGCCUCCUGCUGGUAUCGAUUUCCGCUGGUGGUGAAGGGUUGAACCUCCAAAGGGCGAGUCACGUCUUCAUACUCGAUCCAUGGUGGAACCCGGCCGUAGAGAAGCAGGCCAUACAGCGUUGCCACCGUCUAGGACAGCAGCAGAUUGUGAGGAGUCACCAUCUUAUCUCCGAGAACACCAUCGAGGAGCGAAUCAAGGCUCUCCAGGAGAAGAAGCAAUUGAUCUUCGAUGGCACUAUCGGCGGUAACUUCAAUGGAGCCCUCGAGAAACUCACCAUCGCUGACCUCAAAUUCCUUUUCCAACUCUGAAUUCGUCGUCAUCAUCAUAACCAUCACAGUAGAUGAAGCCACUGUAGGUAUGAUGUCUUAGACGCCUGUUGCGGUACAGGUUGUAGUCUCAUGAUGUCAUGCUAUAACCUAACCAUUAGUUUAUUAUCAA